UCCUAUUCUCUUCUAUUCCACAGGCUGCACAGGGUCAGAGUGGACGUUUUGGAGCAGGUAAGCCGACGUUUUUGUCUUUCUGAAAUGUUCUUUUGUUAGUUUGUCCACAUGAUGAGCAGGCUGGUCCAUAACUGAACAUUCAUACAUUAUGGUAUAAAUGUCAUCAACAGUUUUUAACCAACCAAGCAUGAAGCAUGGAUACAAACAGCAGCUAGUUGUUGUUAGGAUUUUAUUCAGGUUUAAAUCAGACAAAUAAACGACGUCUAUAAUGCAGGAACGUUCUUCUUCUUUCAGUUUGAGGACACAGGUGUGUAAAGAAUGUUUGUUUCCCAGCAACGAAAUAAUCUUUAACUGAACUCUGAUCAUUUUUACUGCAAGCUUUUCAAAAUACAGACGAUAAGCCAAGAGUCUGUAUUUAUGUACCUGAGAUCUGACCCACAUGCUGUCGAUUAUUGACCACAGGAAGCACCUGAAGGACAACGUUAAAGACAGUCAAACUUCCCUGAGGAGAUGGACAGAAACGAGGAACUGGACAAAUUGUUUCAGAGGUUACGCGUAUUUAAACACUACAGAGCAGACAGACUGAGGAGCUGUGAUGAAAGGCAAAGACUGACAAAGCUGGCAAUGAGAAGCUGCACAGAUGAAGUCGUCCUGCAGUGGCUGAGAAAAAACUCAGAAUCUGACGCCUUCAGCAAACUCACAGACAUGUUUGACUUCCUGAAGAAACACAUUGAUGAGGAGGAGAAGAAGAACCACAGCGAUGAUGUUCACAUCACCUUUGUGGCUCAUAGUUCAAUCAGAGACUUCAUGAUCCCAGCCAGCUGUUACCUGCCUCUGCCCACCAUCACUGACGUGCUCCUGUAUUCUCCCUGGAACUGCAUCACUUCUGGUUUACCGUACGGUGUCGCUGCAGGAAAACUGAGGCCUCAGCACAGAGUUUUUUACUGCAGCGAUAAAGAAAGCUGUACCAUUCCUGAUGACAAACAUCGACCUGUGAACCUGCCAGAUCACUGGAACUCACUGAAGAAAGCUGGAGCACAGAUGGUCCCAAACAUCACGGUUAGCCCUCUUCGAGAUGAUGAUGGAGUGUGGGAACACUUUGAGUAUUUCUCAGCUAAACACGGACCACCAGGAAGGAACCGCAUCGUCAUCCCGUUCAUCCUCCCAGGACGGGAAUAUGAAACUGUCCCGUUCUCUGUGGUGACCUUGGCUCUGUCCCUGGUGCUCCUCUCCUCCAGGUUUAAAGCCACUCUUCACUUCUCUGGUUGUCUUGGUGAUCAGUCUACUGGAAAGAAAUUUGACAGGAAGUAUCUUCAGGAGCAGUACGCCUGCACCAUCGACAAGAGUAGGAUGGAAUGUUCACCUGAAGCUUUCAGAUGAUGAUAAAUGCUGCUUGUGUUGU